UCGGUGCGCACCGGCGGGCGGGCGCGGGGCGGGGCGGCCCCGGGCCCCUUUGUUCGGCGGGAGGCGGCGCGCUUUGUCCGCCGCCGCCGGCGGGAGCCGCUCGUCCCGGCGCGCCGAUUUGAGCUAACUGCCUGGGCAGGAUGAGCUGGAGUUUCCUGACACGGCUCCUGGAGGAGAUCAACAACCACUCAACCUUCGUGGGCAAGAUCUGGUUGACCGUCCUCAUUGUUUUCCGCAUCGUGCUGACAGCUGUGGGGGGCGAGUCCAUCUACUACGAUGAGCAGAGCAAGUUUGUCUGCAACACACAGCAGCCCGGCUGCGAGAAUGUCUGCUAUGAUGCCUUUGCCCCACUAUCCCACGUCCGCUUCUGGAUCUUUCAGAUCAUCAUGGUGGCCACGCCAUCCGUGCUGUACCUGGGCUUUGCAAUGCACCGCAUCGCCCGCAUGCCAGAAUCUUCACGGCACCGGGCACCAGCAGCCCGGCGGGCACGCAUGCCAGUGGUUCGCCGUGGAGCCGGGCGGGACUAUGAGGAGGCGGAGGAUGAUAACGAAGAAGACCCCAUGAUCUUUGAGGAGAUUGAAGUGGAGAAGGAGAAGAGCCCAGAAGGCACAGAGAAGCAUGAUGGCCGGCGCCGCAUCAAGCAGGAUGGGCUGAUGCGUGCCUAUGUCCUGCACUUGCUGUGCCGCUCGCUGCUGGAGAUGGCUUUCCUCUUUGGGCAGUACCUGCUGUACCGCUUCGAGGUGAGCCCCUCCUAUGUCUGCAGCCGCAGCCCGUGCCCACACACCGUCGACUGCUUUGUCUCCCGCCCCACUGAGAAGACCAUCUUCCUCCUUGUCAUGUAUGCUGUCAGUGGGCUCUGCCUCUUCCUCAACCUCUGUGAGCUUGUGCACCUUGGCGUGGGGCGGAUCCGUGAUGCCCUGAGCCAGCCCGACAGCCCAGUGCUUCCAGCUAGCAACAGCCCCCUGCCACAGUACUCCAAGAAAGCCCCUGGUGCACCCCCCACCUACCACUCGCUGAAGAAGGACCCACCACGAGCCCCGCUGCCUGACGGCAAGCUGGACUACCGGGAGAGCCUGGCCCAGGCAGCAGUGGCGGGGCGCUUUGCCCUGGCUGGGGCUCCACCGGUGCAUGAGCUGGACCGUCUGCGUGAGCACCUGCGCCUGGCCCAGGAACACCUGGAGGUAGCCUUCCAUCUCCAGCCUCCACCACGGCCCCCCAGCCCUGCCCGUAGCAGCAGCCCCGAGGCCAACGGUAUUGCUGCCGAGCAGAACCGCCUCAACUUUGCUCAUGAGAAGGGGACUGCCGCCUGCGAGAGGACCACGGGGCUGUGAGUGCCACCAGGGAUGAGAGCAGUGUCUGCUGGAGCGGCUGCUGCUGCCACCGUGGGACAGGCAGCUUGCCAGGAGUGCAGGGCAAAGAGUGACACACGUCUGCCCGGCGGUGCUGGCUGGGCAGUCCUGUCCCAUUGGGCAGUGCUAGGGAUGGGGGCUUUGAGGGACGUUCUUACUUAGUUUUCAAAAAGGGAAUAUCUUAUUUUUGUACAUUUUUAUAAACUCGUCAACGUGUGCACCCUGGCAUUUUUGAUACUCUGCUCCCCAUCUCUCCUCUGGGCCUGUGCCCCCCAUCUCCCAUUUUACCCAGUUUUCCUCCUCCCACACCUGUUUCCCACAGCAACUUCUCACACCUCCCCAUGCCCUCUCCAGCUCGCUGCCACACGCCACUGUGCCGGGUGCUGUGCAUGUGUGGGCUGCACUUGAAGCAGAGGGGACAGAAGGGGUCCUGGUGGCACCACUGCCAGAAAGUGCCGGUGUGGCUGGAGGGGCCAUGCUGCACAGCGUCCUGGCACAGGAUUGUGAGCUGUGGGGCUGGCCUGCCUGGAAAUGUCUGUGCAGAGGGCAGGGGCUGUCCUUCCCACUGCCUCCGCCCUGCUCCUGGCCAGAUGCCCUUGGACCAAAGCCCAUCCCCUCCUACUCGGGCCAUGGGGCCAGGACCCCCUGUGUGGGGCUGGACCCAAGUCCCAUGGUGUGGGGACAUAGUGCCCCGAGCAGGGCUUGGCCGUGAGCCAGUGGGGCAUUUCUCAUCAUCUCAGCCUGGGCCACACGAAGAUUUUUUGUAGCAUUGUU